AUGAAUAAUAUUAUGUUUGCGGGUUCCCAAUCCAGCUCGGCAGUUCUUGCUUAUACGUUGUUAAUUCUAGGUACAUACCCCCGUAUACUAGAGAAAUGUCAACAAGAAAUUCGUGACAUAUUCGGCGAAUCCGAUAGAGAUGUGGAGAAAGAAGACUUGACCAACUUGAAGUAUAUAGAUGCAGUUCUAAAAGAGACGAUUCGACAGUGUCCGGUAGCACCAUUCACUGGCCGUUUAAUUACUGAAGACAUUCAACUUAAAAACACAGUCCUUCGUAAAGGGUAUCCAUGCGCUAUUCUAUUAUACGGCAUACUUAAUAAUCCAGCUAUAUGGGGUAAAGAUGCUAGUGAAUUUAUACCAGAAAGGUGGUUGGAAGGGAGACUUCCAGAAAAUUCAAACGCUUUAGGCGCCUUUGGUUUUGGAAGAAGAAAUUGUGUUGCUAAAGUAUAUGCCUUUACUACAAUGAAGGUAUCCCUGGUGCAUAUUCUACGUAGGUAUAAGAUGACAGGAAAUUUUUUCAACAUGAAAUUGAAGAACCAAGUUAUUAAUAAGCCAGCUGGCGGACACGAAAUUAGCAUCGAAUUCGCCUAA